CUCGACCUUUGGUGACCUUUUCUGCCUUUGCAUCAGUAUGGACUACCUUCCCGUGGUGUUGGGAAGAAGACGGCCAUUCCUGGGCUCUGCCGUCUCCACCCCAGGGAUCAGCAGGUCCGUAUGUCCUCAGGGGAGACUGCUGGCCGUGGUGAGCGGCCGUGGAGCAGUGACAGUGUACUCACUGACGAGAGAUACCAGUGGCAGAGAGUGUGUCGUGUCCUCUGACUCGUUCUCAAGUGUUCAGUGGGUGUGUCCGAGACAGAGCUCCACCUCUGACAUUGUACUGGAUGCUACCCAGAGCUCAGCCGGACAACUGGUGGGAGUG